AUGGAACAAUUCGUAAAUUGUGUGCUGUGCUUGACCACCGAGCCCGAAAGCUUUCUCAAGGUGUACAGCGACGAAAAGCAAAGCACCGAUAUAGCAGCGGUAAUAACAAAACAUCUUUGGCUGAAACCGGCCAACGAUUCUUACGUGUGUAAUGAAUGUUGGAAAUGUUUGAACGAGUUCCACGAGUUUUACAAUAAGCUAGAAGCGAUACACUAUCCACCAGAUCCCGAAGAUUCCUCAUGCAACGCAAAAGACAUCAGACAAUAUCUUUUCGAAUUUCAUCCCGUGGAAGAUGUGAAAAUAGAAGAACUGUCACAGGAUGCAGAACAUUUGGAAGAGAUCGAGUAUGAAUAUUUGGAAGAGUGUAACGACGAAAGCGUAGACAAUGAAACCAAACCACGGAUUAGCUCUCGCCCCAAAAGGGCCAGUGCGGCACAGGCGAGCUACAAAAUGGAAGCGGCAGAUGCAGAGUGGGAAAAGGAUUACCUAGCGACCAACGACGACGAGUAUGAUGAUGAUGAUGCGGAUUACGAUGCAGACAUGAAGGAUGAAGCAGACUAUCUGGAAGCGGAUAAUGAUGAUAGCGAAGUUAUUGAUUACGGAAACCAUGACAUCAAACCGGAUGUAAACAUAAAGAAGGAAGUCGUUGCACCGGCGAAGCGAGGCCGAGGCAGACCCCCAAAACUAAAGACAGAAAAAGCUGUAAGGAAACCGGAACCGAAAAAGUUGCGCCGAAGGGGUCGGAGAAGGAAGACAUCCAUUACCAGCAGCGAAUCCGAGCUGGAAUCCGACUUUGACGACAUCGACAACGAAGAUUGGAAAAAGUAUGGCAAUACGUCGAGAAAAAAGACACGAAAGUCGCUCGGUUUCCGGCAGUUGCAGGAAAAGAUAUUUUCCUACGUGGAAGAAUUUACCUGCUAUUACUGUCCGGAGAAGGUGGUUUUCGAACGUUUCCAUCAUGCGAAUCUCCACUACAAGAAAGUGCACAACGAGCCAGCCUUCCUGAGGUGUCCCAAGUGUGGCAGAAAGUGUUUUACUCCGGGUGGAUUUGUGAGUCACAUGGAGACGCACGAAGAUCCGGAACGAAAUAAAUGUAAUAUUUGCGGUAAGGUCACGGAUCAACAAAUCACGCUCAAGAAGCAUAUGCGAGCGCAUCAGGAUAAGCUCGAAAAGGAUUUCCCUUACCCGUGCCAUCAGUGCACACGAAGGUUCGAGAACGAGGAGAAACGAGACAAGCACGAACGAUUGCACGGCCGGAAGGUGUUUAUCAAGAAGGAAAAGGGUCGCGAUCUGGAAUUGCUUGAGUUUUACAAACGCAUCUAUUGCGAUAUCUGCGAAGAAAGGAGCCCCGAAUCGACCUCGUUCGAUAACUUCUGGGAUCUGAAGGUGCACAUGACCGGGGAGCAUAACAAAACGCCCUACCUAAAAUGUUCACUAUGCGGUAAGAAGAAUGCCUGCCGCCAACAACUGAUGGUACACGUUGAUGUACAUAACAACCCGGAACACUAUCGGUGUGAAGUGUGCAAAGAAAUUCAUCAAAAUCUAGACAAACACAUGAUCAAAGCUCACACGCCGGAUACGUCGUUACCGGAUGAGAAAAACUACAGCUGCGAGCAUUGUGGCAAAAUGUUCAAAUAUCAGACGAACCUUCGUAGUCAUAUCGAUCGUGUGCAUGGUGUGAAGGAUGUUUGCUGUGACAUCUGCAACAAAUACUUCAAUCACAAAGCUCUAAGUGCCCACAAACGUUCAGCACACACGGACGAGAUGUUUAUGUGUGAACAUUGUCCGAAAAUGUUCAAAACACGCAGCGGUCUCGAAUCGCAUAAGAGUGACCACGAUGAAACGCUACGCAAAUCGGUUAAGUGUACGAUAUGUGGUAAGGAAAUGAGGCGCGGUGCCAGCAUGGCGAAACACAUGAAAACAAUCCACUCACAGGAGGAUCCGGUCAAGUGCGAUCUGUGCGGUAAGAUGUUCCGCACCACGUUCCACAUGUUGCGCCACCGGGCAAACACGUGCUCGGCCACAAUUGAUUCGCGUCCGUACAAGUGUGAAGUUUGCGGUAAAGGUUUCGCCAUGAAACUCACGAUGACCGAGCAUAUGACGACGCAUACGCGCACUAGCCUGUAUCAGUGUGCAUUUUGCUUCAAAACAUUUGGUUACAUUUCGAAUCUGUAUAAGCACCGGAAAAAGGCACAUCCGCUCGAAUGGCAGGAGGUACAGGCAAGACCCGAACAGGGAAUUGCAACCGUAAUCGAAAUACGUAACUAA